UAUAUUUUAGUAGAACUUUAGAAAUGGAACUAUUAAGUAGUCAAUGUGCUGCUCAAAGUGCUGGGCCGGGUAAUCAAUUUAUAACUUUACUAAUUCAAACUUUAAUUUCAUCAUAUUGUAAUGUGUCAUCGCCUGAAAAUUGGCCACAAGAUUAUGGUUCUCAAGUAUUAGAGAAUAAUAUAGAUUUGGAUUUUGAUUUUGUUGUUGUUGGAGCAGGAUCCGCAGGUUCGGUAGUCGCAAGCAGAUUAUCAGAAAAUCCAAAUAAUAGAGUAUUGGUAUUAGAAGCGGGCGGAGAUCCACCAUUUGAAUCUGAGAUACCGUAUUGGUUUUUUUUGUUACAACAUUCCGGUUAUGAUUGGCAAUAUUAUACUGAACCAAAUGAGAAAUCUUGUCAAGGGCAGAAAACUAAGACAUGUUAUUGGCCGAGAGGAAAACUCCUUGGUGGUUCUGGGGCAAUAAACGCAAUGAUUUCAAUACGCGGCAAUAGAAAAGAUUUUGACAAAUGGGAAGAAGCUGGAAAUCCUACAUGGGGAUUUGAUGAUCUUUUACCUUACUUUAUGAAAACAGAAAAAACUUAUGCCGAUGCAUUUUUAGAUGUAACAGAAAGAGGUACUGAUGGCCCACAACCAGUAUCUAAAUUCUCUGCGGCUACACCAAACAUAGAAAUUGCCGCCGAUAUGGUAAUUGAAGCUGCUCAAGAGCUUGGUUUAAAGUAUAUAAAUGAUUAUUCUGAAAAUAACGGCUAUAUUGGAUUUUUUAAAGCAUUCACUACAUAUUACCAAAGAAGACGUUUCAGUACAGCCAAAUCAUUCUUAUUACCAGCUUCGAAACAACCAAAUUUAAAAGUAAUUAAACAUGCACAUGUAGAAAAAAUUAAUUUUGACGAGAAUAAAAAAGUGAAAAGUAUUGAUUUUGUUUACAAAUCCGCACACAAAAUGACUGUUAAUAUUAAUAAAGAAGCAGUGUUAUCAGCUGGUACAAUUGGUACACCACAAAUUUUACAAUUAUCUGGGAUAGGAUUAGAAAAAGAUUUAAAAAAAGUUUCCAUUCCAGUUGUUCAAAAUUUGAAUGUAGGAAGAAAUCUUCAAGAUCAUGUUAUAGUUCCAGUACACUUUAAAAUACAUAAAUCAACAGCUUUACCUUUUGAUCAAAGAAUUAUUCUUGAUGAAUUGUAUGGUGUUCUUACAGGAAAAUCAACUUUACUCUCUCAAGUAGGUUUAGCUGGUCUUUGUGGUUUUAUAAAUACCAAAAGUCAAAACGGUCCUUAUCCUGAUAUUGAAUAUCAUUAUUUUUUAUUCGCAAAACAAGAUGAACUUGGUAUACGUACUCUUUUUAAUAUAAUUGGCUAUAAAGAUGAAAUUAUAAAUUCUGUUGUUGAAGAAAAUAAGGAAGGUGAAAUUUUAAUAGUAUGGGCUGUACUUUUAAAUCCUGAAUCUAGAGGAAAAGUUGUAAUAACAAGUCCUGAAUAUACUGAUAAACCAAAAAUAUAUGCAAACUAUUUUGAUAAAAAUUCAGAUCUCGAAACAAUUAUCAAUGGAAUAAAAUUCCAAACAAAAUUUUUGAACACAAAAUCAUUUAAAAAUAAUGAAGCGGAAUUAAUUAAAAUAAAUUUACCCGAGUGUGAUAAAUAUGAUUUUCAAUCAGAUAAAUAUUGGAAGUGUUACGUUAAGCAAAUGUCUUCUACUGUAUAUCAUCCAGUUGGUACAGCCAAAAUGGGACCUAAAGAAGAUAAGAAGGCUGUUGUCGAUCCAGAACUAAAAGUUCAUGGUGUUGAUGGAUUAAGAGUAUGUGAUGCUAGUAUCAUGCCAUUUGUUGUUAGUGCAAACACAAAUGCUGCGACAAUAAUGAUUGGCGAAAAAUGUUCCGAUUUUAUUAAAAAAACUUACGACUCAAGUAUAAAAGAUGAGUUUUAAAUGCAAUAAUUUCCUAAUCUAUGAAUGUGAAUGACUUAAAUGAUGUGCUCCCAAAGGAUGAAAAUAUGGACUGUAUGGAGGAUAUGGUACAGCAUGUGGAUAAAGUAAACUGGUGGCAUAAGCACCUGGACCAAAUGAACUACUUGAUGGUGGUGGAACAGUUGGACUAUUAACAUCCAUUCCAGGAUUUUGUUUUUUCCAUUUAGUUCGUCUAUUUUGGAACCAAAUUUUUACCUAUUUGUAUAAAUAAAAAUAUAAAAUAUUCUAUGUAAAAUAUA